AUGGCUGCAGUAACAGUUGCCGCCAUGCUGGAUGAAUGGAAGGAGCUGUUAACCACGGAUGUGCUGUUGACCACCACGUACCAGGGCCUCAUGCCAAUGUUUCUUUCCAGAGAGCGCUAUGGACGCCUGCAGGUUACCUUCAAUCACGUUCGCGACGCUAACUUCGUCUGGAGCCAGGUUAUUUGCCACGAAUGCAUCAACGUUGACUUCAUUGAUCUCACCUGGCAGCACCCGGAGGAUGCGCGUUUCCUGCGUGAACGCGUGCUGAACCCCACGGCGAAGGAGGUUAUAAUCAAAGGCGUACCGGCGGAGAUAUCGGCGGAGCUGAUUCGCCGUUUGCUGGUGAUGUCAAAGCUGGUUAAACGCGGCAGGAGCGUGUUUGCCAGUGGUUUCGGCUUCCAUCGGACGGUUGAUCCGGUAUCAGGCUUGGACACGGAUCGCAUUCGCGGGCUGUUUGUCCCUCACGCUGACGACGAGUACCGCUGGCGUACCUUUGUGGAAGACCCCACCACACGAAAGCGCAUAGAGGCUGAAAUGGACGGGGAGGUGGCGUCAGGUGCACUGUCGGCGCAAAUCAAAACUCGAAAGGCGAAGACGGAAAUCCGAGAGGUAUCAAGGAACGGGAUCAUCUCUACGGGGGUGAAGGAGGUUCUCACGGCGGCUACGGAUCAUUUCCGCGAAGCCUUCAGUUGCACAAGCGGAGGAGUGGUGCCUGGCAGGACGGCCCACCCCGUGCAACGGACACUGGGAGACAAGAGCAGACUGGCGCUAAGUGCACCAUGGUCGGAGGCCGAGGUACGGAAGGCGGUGAAGGAACUCGCUCCGAGAAAAUCGCCAGGAGCAGACGGCUUGCCUAAGGAGCUUUUCGACCAUAACUGGGACUUGCUGGGGCCGAUACUGAUGGAUCUGGUGAGGAGGUUCACGGAAGGAGAAGAGCUGCCGCACAGUGUCUCCACAGCGGUGACCAUCCUGUUGCAUAAGAAGGGCGAAAAAAACGAGUUAGGGAAUUAUCGGCCGAUAACGCUUCUAAGAACAGUGUACAAGAUUAUCGCAAAGGUGAUGGCGAGCAGACUCAAGGCAGUACUACACGAGGUCAUCUCGGAGGACCAAUAUGGCUUCAUACCUGGUCGGCAGCUGGCGGACGCGGUGUCGGUGGUAGCAGACGCCAUUGAAGCAGGUGCUAACGGGAAGGAGGACUGGUAUCUGAUGAUGAUCGAUUUUCAGAAGGCCUUCGACUCAAUAUCGCGUGAUUACCUAUUCGGAACGCUACGGAACCUGUGUUUGCCGGAGGAUUUCGUGGGAUGGACGAUAGGUUUACACAAAGAAGCGGGGACAUGUCUGCACAUCAACGGAUGGACAGGGGACAAGGUGGCAGUGGAAAAGGGCGUGCGCCAAGGCUUUCCGCUGGCGCCGUACCUUUUUCUCUGCGCGGUAGAACCGUUAUGUCAGGAGAUCAGCAGAGCAAAGCUGGGGAUCGGGAAGAAAGGCGUGGGGAAACUGGCGUACCUAGGGUAUGCUGACGAUACCUCUCUCUUGCUACACAGUGUGGAGCAGCUGGAGGCAACAGCAGGGGUGCUGUCAGCCUUCGGAGAAGAGUCGGGGCUGAAGGUAAACAAGGGGAAAACGGUCAUCUUCCCGCAGGGGAAGAACCGGGGAAAGACAGCGCCGCAAAACCUGAAUUACAAAUGGGCGGACAAGGAAGAACCGGAGCGUCUUCUGGGGAUCUGGAUUACGCGGAACAGUGACCCGACUCCAUCCUGGAACAAAGCGUUGGACAGGGCAAAAGGGGAGUUAGCGAAGUGGGAAAUGCAGCAUCCGACAACGUCAGCAAGGGUCACGAUAGUCAACAGCUACAUUGUGCCGAUCUUUCUCUUCCAGGCACAAGUUUACCUGCCACCAGAGGCCAUAUGGAAGAAGAUCCACAAGUUGUGCCACACCUUCAUCUCGAAAGGAGAAGCCGUGGAAGAGAAGCAAUUCAUCCUCUGGAAUUAUCGGCUGGUCUGUACGCCGCGGAAAGACGGGGGAUUGGGGUUGAUAUCUCCCGAAAAACGGGUCGACAGCAUCGCCAUCCGCUAUGUCUGCAAGCUGGUGCUGAAACCAAACUCGGUCAGGAAGUGGCUGGUGGAGAAAGCGGCGGAGAUGCCCCUGGAGCUGGACACAAUCUUCGCACACAGGUCGCUGCUGGAUCACUGGGAGAAAGGGAGCGAGCGGUGGAAGGAGUUAAUUGAAAAAUUCUGGGUCUCUCCGCUAUGCAAACCACGGGCUCCAACAAACCGCUGGGAGGUGGAACAGGUUCAUCUGGCGUUCAACCCGAAUAUCCCCUUCAGAGGCGCGAGCCCCUUCGGGAACCAGAAAGGUGCAGAGGCGUUACUCGGCAUCCGCAUGGGAGACCUGAUUGUUAAAGCGCGAGACGGAACAUGUGAGCUCAAGAAGCUGGCAGCACUGGCAAGGGAGCUCGGCUGCAGGGAGAAGGCGAAGUGGGCGUUGAGGGCUUUCAACGCAGCACCAGCAACCUGGAAGGAGAUGGUACACACGAAAUUGACAAGCGAGGAGAUCGUGGCUACGGUGAAGCUUCUACGGUCGAGCAAUGGCGCAACUGGUGGUUUUACCUACUGGAAAGUGGGCGAAGCAAGAGGCGACACGGUGGAGGGGAUACUAUGCGAUAUAGGGGACGGAGGGCACUUCUCACCCUACGAGGGAAACCUCAAGAUGUAUUUCAACCUGCGUAGCGGGGUGCCGAUGUUCACGGAAGGGAGUGCGUUCCUGGGCCCCAUGGGGGACGUGCGGACGAAACUUUUGCUCUCAGCGGCAUGCGAAGGAGGGGAGCUAAUCACGCUGAAAGGGAUAAGGAAGGUGCUGGCAGACUCGGCCGGACCACAAGAAGAACAAAGGAGAUGGAAAGGACAGAGGAGGGUGAUCAAGUGGGACAGAGUCAUCGAACAGAGGGACUCCCUGGUCACCCGACGACGGGCACGUGAAAUCCUCAUACGGCUCCACUGUAGGAACCUGCAAGUGGGCUCGAGGCUGUUUUUCAUGGGGGUGGUCUGCCCACACUGCCAGGGAGAGGAAACCCCAGAUCACUGCCUCCUUGACUGCCUGGCGGUGCAGGGGGUGGCGGAUGUGAUGAGGCAUGGACUGGAAAUAAUGCGCCCGGGCCUAGCGUGGCAGGAUCUGGAGGAUCUGCUCUUCAUGCAAAGAAGCACAAGGUCGGGCUUUCCAGAAGGGACAUGGAUUGCAACAUUCCUGCAUCAAGUAUGGUUGGCAAGAUGCAACGCGGUGUGGAGGAAUGAAGGCUUCCAACCUGGGAAGGUGACUCGGCAGGCGGUGGUAAAGUUUGUCGCACAUGCGAGGAUAUACUGCGCGGCGCGCAGAGAAUCAGCGCGGUUGAAGGGACAUGCCUUGGACAGUGACUGGGCGUACCUGGCAGACAACGAGGCAGUGGUGAUGCGGCGUAUUUGCAGCAGUGACCCACCGCUGGCGUGGAGGAUCGGCUUCAGCUCUGUGUGGGACAACCCCAGGCUGACACAUCAGCCAUCGUAG